AUGCUCGCACAAUUCGACACUGUACUCAUCACAAUCCUAUGUAUACUCCCAAUCCUCAUUCUCAUCCUCAACCACAACCUACACCGACAAAAGCAACCACGAGGCUGCCGCAGACUAGGCAUCCCUCCAGAAAAAAGCAACCUCCGCGACGAAUACUCCCCCAAAUACACCCACGGCGUCCCAGAAACCCACCACGACGCCAACGGCAAGCCCUCAUGGCGCAUCAAAGCCCUAUUCACAUAUCCGAUCAAGAGCUGUGCUGGCGUCGAAUUGGAUGCUUCUGAUGUCGUCCCUACGGGAUUGAAGUAUGACAGGCAAUUCUGUUUUGCGGAGUAUGUUGUGCCUAAGCAGCGGGAUGCUGAACCGCAUUGGACGGCGAGGACGCUUCGUGAUAAGCGGUUUGAGAGGAUGGCGUUGAUUAAGUCGGAGGUUUGGGUUCCUGAUUCGACAGUUGGGGGUUAUGCGCUGGAUUUGGAGGAGGUGAAAUCCGAGGGCGCGAUGGUUAUUUCGUACCCACGGACGUUCUCUGGUGCCAUGUCUUUCCUGGGGAAACUGGGGAUAGCACUGGGCCUCAUUUCACCAGAGCACUCCUUCCAAAUACCCCUCACACCACCCCCAGACAACCUCUCAUCAUACCCUAACACCCCCGUCAAAAUCUGGAAAGACUCCCCCAUAGCCUACAACUACGCCCACCACCUUCCCCCCUCCCUGCACAAAUACCUAGGCACCGACACACUAACCCUCUUCCGCGUAAACCCCUCCCACCACCGCGAAAUCUUCCGCUGCGCACCCCCAAAGCAAACCCUAGGCUUCCAAACGGUCACCGGCUUCGCAGACGCUUACCCAAUUCACCUCCUCAGCCUGUCCAGCGUGCGGGAUGUAGCGUUGCGCUGUGCUGAUAUCCCGCGAUUGAGUAUUCGGCGGUUUCGCGCGAAUAUCAUUGUUCAGGGACCGGGGGCUUUUGAGGAAGAUCACUGGAAGAAGGUCGUUAUUGGUGGUGUGGAGAUUCACACGGUCUGUCGGACGGUGAGGUGUCGGUUGCCCAAUGUUGAUCCGGAUACUGGGGUUAGGCAUCCUAGUGAACCGGAUCGGACGUUGAGGGGAUAUCGGAGGAUUGAUCCGGGGUGUUUGGCGUAUGCUUGUUUGGGGAUGCAGCUUGUUCCGGCUGUGGAAAGGUUUAGGAUCUUAGUGGAUGAUCCGAUUUCCGUGCUGGAUACUGGAGAGCACUUUUAUAUUAAGAUGUUGGCUCCGGAGGAGAAUGUUCCAGGUGAAUAG